AUGGCGGAAGAAGGGGCUGCCUCUGGGGACAAUGGGGUGGCCUGUGGUUGGAGAGACUACAGAGUUUUUGAAGCAAGGGCCAAGCUUCAUGAGAAACCAGAGAGCAAGAUGGCUCUGUUGUCAUUACUCAACCAGAUUGCUGGCACCGAAUCCAGUUUGAUAGUUGAAGCCUUCAAGCCAGAGUUUUAUAAACUGGUUCUAGGGACCCUUUCACUGCCAAUCAAUCUACCAGGGACAAAUUACAAACGUGGAUUCCAGGUGAUUGUUAUAAUUCUCAAAAAUACCCCACUUACCUUUAUUAUAACUUCCGACGCUGGCACCAGCACUUGCACCAGCUCCGACAGAAUAUCUCAUUGUCCCUCUGACACCGGCACUGGCAUCUCCGCACCAGCAUCUAUUACUCGCGGUUGGAAAUGGACGACCAACGUCUCCAGAGGUUUGAAACGAGCAUCACAUAACGGCUGGUUCGCUGGUUCGGAACAGCGUCUCGGACACCAGCACCGUUUGGGUUUGAAAAGAAUUCAGAGCCCUCUUUCUUCGUAGAAAAACUAAGACUCCGAACCCUCUUCUUCUUUCUUCUAUUUCUCUGUUCUUCUUCUUCCUCUCCUUCCCCUCGUCAUCGGUGAUUUCUCACCAUUUUCUUGGAUGUAUUCCGUGUACCACGAGUUCUCAAAACCCACCGCUCAGUCCCAGCAAAACCCACUGCCUGUUCAUUUUCUCAAACCGAGCCCAGGCGACAAAGCAGCUAUCAGCUAAGUCACUCCUCCAAGGCUCCAACUAGCUGCGACGAUCUCCUGAAAACCCUGAAAGUCACUCCAACUCUGUCUGCAGAGUUAAAAUUCUGGAAUAUGUUCUUCAGGGAUAUAUAUUAGCCCAUUCCUCUGAUCUACAACCUGGUCUUGGCAAUGCUGUGGCGUCACCCUGAGAACGCAGAGCUUGACAAAGUGAAGGUCGUUCAUUGUCGUGCAACAGUAAGUGUUUAUGCAGUUUCUUUCAAUCAUUUCUUACUUGAUAGCUCGUGGGUUGAUGUUUUGUUAAUUGAGUUUCUCUUCUUCUUAACAAUGCUUGUGAAGAAAUGCCGGGAUGUGUAGAACGAUGUGUACAAUGAUUUAGUGGCAAAACUAUACCAAAUCUCACCGGCCGCCACCACUUCUAAAUUCUGAUGAAAGAAAGAAACCAUCCUUGGUUUUGAUUUUCAAACCCAAUUCAACAAUUUAAUUACAAACUCGUGCCACUUAACACUAUUGCCAAGUUCCUAGCUUUGAACCCAGUAGCUUUUUUCGUAAUAUGGCCUCCACAAUUAUAGCAAAUCUCCGGCAACAGCAAUGUCUCAAACCCUGUUCACUAUUUUCUGGCCAUAAUGUCUUCUAUUUUCGAUGCCUUCUUAGCUGGAACUGCAUCCACCGUACGCUUGUGAAAUGCGUCUGAUUUCUCUUCAUCAACUCUUUAGCAGCUCUAGGCAACGAAGCAGCUAUCCACUAAGGAGCGAGCGCCACUACCGAAACCAGCAGUCGCAAGGUUUUUUGAGCUCUUUGGACCCUUUUAACCAUAUGGUUCCGUUGCUCCAUCUCUGUCCAGGCGACGAAGCAGCUAUCGGCUAAGGAGCGGGUGCCACGGCGAAAUCAGCAAACACCUCCUGCAAUUUUCUGUAAAGGUGGAUAAGGGUAGGAAAGCUUAAAACUUUCUGCUCGACUUCAGCUCCGACCAGUCCACGACGGGGACCGAGCUGCAAUUUGUAGAUAACAGACAACGUCUUUCCAUUCUAUCCCUCCGCUCGCCACCUGAUCGAUGAGCCUCAGCCAUUCAAUUGAGGUCGGCGGCCAUGGGGACUGAAUUCUCCAAUGCAGAGAGAGAGAGAGCUCUCUGAAAGACUGUCUUUGAUUUUUCGGAUACUGUUGUAAAAUUUGAGUUGACCUUGUAAACCAUGAGUAGGUUAGAAGUUUUUAUUUUGAAAAUAUAAAGAAGAA